AUGUCGGGACAGAGACCAGAUCUUUCUCAAUACAACUAUGGCGCCAUUUCAUCCCUAGUUCUCACAGCAGACCGCUCUGCUCUUCCGCGAAGAGACAAGGAACCGGAUGGCGCGCCAACUUCUCUCGCUGGUCGAAUUGACCCAAAAGAUAUGGGUUCUCGUGUACAACGGCAAGCCCCCAAAGAUGUUGAGAAGAAGAAAAAAAACGCUGUCGACCGUCAGGACCCUUCAGAAAAGCAGUCAAAAAGGAAGGCAGACACAACCACCGCGUUUGGCUACGCGGACAUCCUCGAGUCUACGCAAGAUGUAGAGGGUUUAACGUACAGACCUCGGACUGCGGAAACACGGGAGGUUUACCAGCACAUGCUGUCGAUUGUACAUUCUGCUUUAGGAGACCAAGCGCAGGAUAUUGUUCGGAGUGCAGCGGAUAUGGUACUGGAAACACUGAAGAACGAGGGAAUGAAGGAUUUUGACAAAAAGAAGGAGAUAGACAAAAUACUGGAACCAAUUUCCUCGGAGGUACUUUCUCAACUCGUCAACCUGUCAAAAAAGAUCACGGAUUAUGGGGCAGAGGAUGAAGAGAUGGCUGAUCCCGACGCGGAGCGCAAGGAGGCAGAAAUAGAUGAUGAAGUUGGAGUCGCGGUUGUCUUUGAUGAAGAAGAGGACGAAGAGGAGGAGGAGGAAGGCUAUGAAGUCAAAGACGAAUCAGACGACGAGGAAGAGGAGGCUGUACCCGAAGAAGUCCCGCUGGGUGGCGACACUGGAGAAGAGGAAUUGGUGAUUGGAGGGGAGUCUUCGAAAGACAAGAAAGCCAAGGCCGAUAAGGACAUUGUUUCUCCCCAUUCUAUCGAUGCCUUCUGGGUUCAGCGUCAGGUCUCAGAGAUCUAUCCUGACCCGGUCACGGCAGCAGACAAGGCUGCGUCCGUACUUUCAAUCCUUGGUUCCGAGUCGAGUCUUCGUGAUUGCGAAAACCAGCUGAUGGAGCUUUUUGAUUAUCAAAGUUUCCACAUUACCACGAAAUUCCUCAAAAACAAGGAUGUCAUUGUUUGGUGCACAAAACUAAUGCGCAGUGACGCUGACGAGCGAGUCAACGUCGAAGUAGCGAUGCGGGAGAAGGGCGUUGGCUGGAUUUUGCGAGCCCUGGCCGGUGAUCGACAAACCAAGACUCGCGAAACGGAUGCCAUGGACGUGGACCAGAAGCCGGUUGCUCAGGUAUCGAAGAAGGCCAACCUGGCACCCGGAUCCACCGUCCAGCCCAAAAAGACGGUGGACCUGGAAAGCAUGGCGUUUAGUCAAGGUGGUCAUCUUAUGUCAAAUAAGAAGUGCAAACUUCCAGAGGGGUCCUUCAAACGUGCGAAGAAGGGCUACGAAGAGAUUCAUGUUCCCGCUCCCAAGUCGAAACCUACCGCAGCUGGAGAACUUGUUCCAAUCUCCGACCUGCCAGCUUGGGCUCGUGAGGCGUUCACCGUUCUCACACUCAAUCGUAUCCAGAGCAAGUUGUACCCUAUCGCCUUCGGUACUGACGAACCAAUUCUUCUAUGCGCCCCAACAGGUGCUGGAAAGACUAACGUUGCUAUGCUUACGAUUUUGAACGAGCUCGCCAAAUACAGAGAUGAAGACAGCGGUGCUUUUGACCUCGACGCCUUCAAAAUAGUCUACGUAGCACCCAUGAAGGCACUUGUACAAGAGAUGGUUGGAAACUUCACGGCACGGCUGAAAGUCUUUGGGAUAAAAGUUGGGGAAUUGACCGGAGAUUCUCAAAUGACAAAACAACAGAUUGCAGAAACCCAGAUCAUCGUCACCACUCCGGAAAAAUGGGACGUUAUCACCCGCAAGAGCACAGACACCAGCUAUACAAAUCUUGUCAGACUGACAAUUAUCGAUGAAAUCCACCUUCUACACGACGAACGUGGCCCUGUACUCGAGAGUAUUAUAGCUCGGACAAUCCGACGGAUGGAGCAAACUGGGGAAUAUGUUCGUCUCGUCGGUCUUUCCGCUACGUUGCCCAACUACCAAGACGUUGCGACCUUCCUUCGCGUCGAUGAAAAAAAAGGUCUUUUCUAUUUCGACGCUUCGUAUCGGCCUUGCGGACUGCAACAGCAGUUCAUCGGUAUCACUGAAAAAAAGGCCAUCAAACGGUACCAAAUCAUGAAUGAGGUUUGCUACGAGAAGGUACUCGAUCAAGCCGGAAAAAAUCAGUCCCUCGUCUUUGUCCAUUCUCGGAAAGAGACUGCCAAAACAGCAAAGUUCCUCAGGGACAUGGCCAUGGAGAAGGAGACCAUUACCCAGUUUGUCCGUCCUGAUGGGGCCACCAGAGAGAUUUUGCAGGAGGAGUCCAACAAUGUUAAAGAUCCCAAUCUACGAGACCUUCUGCCGUUUGGCUUCGCCAUUCAUCACGCUGGAAUGUCUCGAGAGGAUCGUGGACUUGUGGAGGAGUUGUUUGCUGAUGGGUCAGUGCAGGUGCUGGUAUGCACGGCCACCUUAGCGUGGGGUGUCAAUCUUCCGGCACAUUCUGUUAUCAUCAAGGGUACCCAGAUCUACAAUCCAGAGAAGGGCCGAUGGGUGGAGCUCUCGUCACAGGACGUCUUGCAGAUGUUAGGACGUGCAGGUCGGCCGCAGUACGAUACAUUUGGGGAGGGUAUCAUCAUCACCAACCAUCUCGAACUGCAGUAUUAUUUAAGUUUACUUAAUCAGCAACUGCCCAUUGAAUCGCAGUUCGUAGCGAAGCUUGCGGACAAUUUGAACGCCGAGAUCGUAUUGGGCACUAUCAGGAACCGAGAUGAGGCAGUUCAGUGGUUAGGGUACACUUACUUAUAUGUUCGGAUGAUGAAGUCACCUGGUCUUUAUGGGGUUGGUGUUGACUACCAAGAAGACGAUGAGGGUCUCAUCCAAAAACGCGCAGACAUUAUUCAUUCGGCCGCUGUCCUGUUAGAGAAAUGCCAGCUACUCAAAUAUGAACGCGCAACAGGGCGAUUCCAGAGCACCGAAUUGGGUCGGAUUGCAUCGCAUUACUAUGUCACACAUAAAUCGAUGCAGGUGUAUAAUCAGCAUCUGAGGCCAACAAUGUCGAUGCUAGAAUUAUUCAGGGUCUUCGCACUUUCCAACGAAUUCAAACUCAUUCCGGUCCGUCAAGAGGAAAAGCUUGAACUUGCAAAACUGCUUGAAAGAGUGCCAAUUCCGGUGAAGGAGAGUGUGGAAGAGCCUGCAGCCAAGAUUAACGUUUUACUGCAAGCCUAUAUCUCUCAACUCAAGCUCGACGGCUUCGUUCUCCUCGCGGACAUGGUAUUCGUACAGCAAUCUGCCGGAAGGAUUAUCCGGGCCGUGUUUGAAAUUUGUUUGAAACGUGGAUGGGCGGUUCCUGCGAAGGCCGCGCUUGACCUUUGUAAGAUGGUAGAGAAACGGAUGUGGGGUUCUAUGACACCCCUUCGCCAGUUCAAAGGAGUUCCGCCCGAAGUCAUCCGGAAAGCUGAAGGAAAGCAAUUCCCGUGGUAUCGAUACUUUGAUUUGACACCUCCCGAAAUUGGAGAGUUGAUUGGAAUCCCCAAUGCGGGUCGUCUGGUGCACCGGCUGGUUCAUAGCUUCCCAAAACUUCAACUUCAAGCACAAGUUCAACCUAUAACUCGGUCCUUACUCCGAAUCGAGCUCACCAUAGUACCUGACUUCCGAUGGGACGAGAAGAUUCAUGGUGGCGCCGAAACGUUCUGGAUCUUAGUUGAAGAUGUUGACGGGGAAAUCAUCCUUUUUCAUGAUUCCUUCGUACUGCUGCAGCGUUACGCCGAAGGCGAGCACAACGUAUCUUUCACUGUUCCCAUGUUUGAGCCAGUCCCUCCCAACUACUUUAUAUCUGUCGUCUCCGACAGGUGGCUUCACGCAGAAACAAGGCUGCCCAUUUCGUUUAAACACCUGAUCCUUCCCGACAAAUUCCCAUCUCCUACUCCCCUUCUUGAGUUGCAACCACUUCCGAUCUCGGCCCUCCACAACAAGCAGUUUGAGAAAAUUUACGCAUCGUCUAUAUCCAACUUCAACAAGAUACAAACGCAGGUGUUUCAAGCGCUCUACACGACGGACGAGAACGUCUUUAUUGGAGCUCCAACUGGCAGCGGGAAAACUGUAUGUGCAGAGUUUGCGUUGUUACGGUUAUGGAGCAAACCGCAAGCUGCUCGAGCUGUCUGCAUCGAGCCCUAUCAGGAAAUGGUGGAAAUGCGAUUGAAGGAGUGGCAGACAAAAUUCGCCGACCUCAAUAAGGAGUUUGUAGCCCUCACAGGGGAGACGAGUGCAGAUUUGCGACUGCUGGAAAAGGGCGAUGUCAUCAUCUGCACGCCUUCACAGUGGGACGUUAUUUCGCGUCGGUGGAGGCAGCGGAAGAAUGUUCAGAACCUCGCACUUCUCAUUGCAGACGAGGUUCACCUUGUUGGUGGUGACGUUGGGCCAACAUACGAAGUUAUCAUCUCGCGUACCAGAUACGUCUCUGCUCAGACCGAAAUCAAAACCCGUAUAGUCGGUUGUGGUGUCUCCCUUUCUAACUCCAGAGAUCUUGGAGAAUGGAUGGGCGUUCCAUCUCAUGCCAUCUUCAAUUUCUCUCCCAGUGCUCGCCCGCUUGAUUUGGACAUUCACCUACAGUCAUUCACCAUCCCUCACUUCCCUUCCCUCAUGAUUGCUAUGUCAAAGCCUGCCUACCUCGCCAUCACAGAAUACUCCCCCACCAAACCUGUCAUAAUAUUUGUGCCAUCCAGAAAACAGUGUCGUUUCACUGUGGAUGACCUCCUUGUCCACUGCGCUGCCGAUGAGAAUCCUGAACGAUUCUUGAAUGUGGGUUUAAGUGAUUUGGAAGUUCAUCUCAAUCAUUUGAGGGAUGAAGGUCUGAAGGAAACGCUGAAGCAUGGCGUUGGUUACUACCAUGAAGCUUUGGAUGCCCAGGACAAACGAAUAGUGCAGAGGUUAUUUGAAAGUGGUGCAGUACAAGUCCUUGUGGCUUCUAAGGAUACUGCAUGGUCACUCCCGGUUGCCAGUUAUAUGGUGAUACUCAUGGGUGUGCAAUACUAUGAAGGCAAGGAACAUCGAUACAUCGAUUACUCUAUCCUGGAUGUUCUGCAAAUGAUGGGACACGCGUGUCGGCCAAGAGAGGAUGAACGAAGUCGGUGCAUUCUGAUGUGCCAACAGACAAAAAAGGAAUUUUACAAGAAGUUUUUGGCUGAAGGCCUCCCUAUCGAGAGCCAUCUCCCCACGCACAUGCUACAUGACUACUUCCUGGCAGAGAUUGCAGUGAAGACCAUCGAGAAUAAGCAAGAUGCUAUGGACAUAUUGACGUGGACAUACUUCUACCGUCGGAUGACUCAGAACCCCAACUACUACAACCUACACAACGUCAGCCAUCAGCAUCUCUCGGACCACCUCUCUGAGCUAGUGGAAAACACAUUAACGGAUCUCGUCAAUUCGAAGUGCAUAUCUAUCGAGGACGAAAUGGACGUUGUGCCGCUCAAUCUGGGUAUGAUCGCGGCAUACUACAAUAUCUCCUAUGUUACCGUUGAGGUCUAUACCCUCUCCCUCAAAGAGCGAACGAAACUUAAAGGCCUCCUUGAAGUGGUAUCUUCAUCCGCCGAAUUCGAAACUAUUCCUAUUCGUCGACAUGAGGACGUCCUGCUGAAACGUCUAUACGACCGUCUCCCAGUCAAGCUUGAAGCAAGCAGCGUCAAUUUCGAAGCACCCCAUUUCAAGACCUUCCUCCUCUUACAAGCUCACUUUAGUCGUAUUCAACUACCAGCGGAUCUUGUUGCGGACCAAAAAUUGAUUCUAGAGAAGGUGUUGACUUUGCUGUACGCAUGUGUUGACGUGAUGUCUUCGAAUGCGUGGUUGAACGCACUCGGGGCAAUGGAUCUUGCGCAGAUGUGCGUCCAAGCAGUUUGGGACAGGGAUUCGGUAUUAAAACAAAUUCCCCACUUUGAGCCGGAGAUCAUCAAGCGAUGUGAAGAGGCAGGAAUUAAGACCGUCUACGACGUGAUGGAGAUGGAAGAUAGCGACCGAGACAAACUGCUUCAAAUGUCUCAGGCUCAGAUGCACGACAUUGCAGCGUUUGUCAACUCAUACCCGACUUUGGAGGUCAAUCAUCGGCUUGUCAAGGGUGAAUACACUGCCGGCGCGCCGAUCAUACUGCAGGUCUCGCUUUCGCGCGACGCAGAUGAUGAAGAGGAAGCCCCAAGCGAGAGCGAGCAAGAAGUCGUGGCGCCUUUCUUCCCCACAAAAAAGAUGACCAACUGGUGGCUUGUCGUUGGAGAACAUUCUACUCGACAACUGUUGGUGAUUAAACGGGUCACCGUCACUAGAACGCAGAACGUGAAACUGGAGUUUACACUACCGAAGGGCAAGCAUAAUUCACUCAAACUUUAUGUUAUCUGCGAUUCCUACGUGGGAGCAGACCAUGAUAUUGAGUUGGACGAGAUUGACGUUGCAGAGGGUGAGGAAUCCGACAGUGAUGAGGACGACAGCGAUGAUGCUAUGGAGGAGUAA